CUGAAUUUCCUGUUUGUGCUUCUAAUUUCUGCUGUUUUUGUUAGGUUACCUGAUAUUUACACCCAGUUUAGAAAAGUAGUUGAGGGACAGGGCAGAGUGCGACCUGUCCUUUCCACCCCGGAGCAGGUUAAAGCUCUUCCCCUUGGACUGGACGAGGGCACCAUCCCGACAUUUGAAGGCCUGGGACAGACAGAGCCGGUGGAGGACUUCCGCUCGGCCUUCCCAUGCCGCGGUGGAGAGACUGAGGCUCUUGCUAGGCUGAAACAUUACUUUUGGGAUACAAAUGCUGUUGCAACUUAUAAGGAGAACCGGAAUGGCAUGAUCGGAGUUGACUAUUCCACAAAAUUUUCUCCAUGGCUUGCGUUGGGCUGCAUAUCAGCCAGGUACAUCUAUGAGCAGAUUAAUAAGUAUGAGGCUGAACGAACCACCAACCAAAGCACAUACUGGGUGAUAUUUGAACUUCUGUGGAGAGAUUACUUCAAGUUUGUGGGUUUAAAAUAUGGAAACAGAGUAUUUCAUAUGAAUGGUCUGCAAGACAAGCAUGUGUCCUGGAAGACAGAUAUGACGUUGUUCAAUGCAUGGAAGGAGGGGAGAACUCGGGUGCCGUUUGUAGAUGCGAACAUGAGGGAGCUUGCACUGACAGGAUUCAUGUCCAACAGAGGACGUCAAAAUGUGGCCAGCUUUUUGACCAAAGACUUGGGCUUAGACUGGAGACUGGGCGCUGAGUGGUUCGAAUAUUUGCUGGUGGACCAUGACGUCUGCAGCAACUAUGGAAACUGGCUCUAUAGUGCUGGAAUAGGAAAUGACCCACGAGAAAACAGGAAGUUUAAUAUGAUCAAACAAGGACUGGACUAUGACAAUAACGGGGACUAUGUGCGACAGUGGGUUCCAGAGCUUCAAGGAAUUAAAGGUGGGGACAUUCACACCCCCUGGACCCUCAGCAACUCUGCACUCUCACGCGCCCAGGUUUCACUCAACGAAACAUACCCUUCCCCUGUCAUCACAGCGCCUGAGUGGAGUCGCCAUAUCAACAACAAAUCAUCUGGUCCACCAGCAAAAGGAAGGAAGGGCUCAUCGUACACACCAAGACAACACAAAGACAGAGGCACUGACUUCUACUUCUCCAAGAAUAAGAGUUUCUGAGGAGGAGAUGUCGUGGAAAAGUGCCUUUUCUGCUGCUGGGCAUCACAAAUAGUCACGAGGCAUCUGUUUAGGCCACAGGUUACGCAGUGGAAUGAGGAAGGGGAAAUUAAAAAUAGUUUGGUUUUGUGUUGCCCUUUCUGAAUCUGUUUUCACACGCAGACACAGAAACCGCUGCUCACAUUCUGAAGACAUUUGUAUGAACUGUAACUCAGAUUUUCAUGUAUUUGUAUAUAUUGUGUUGAAUACAAUAUUGUAUUUCUGGUGGGUUUAAUAAAUCCCUGUGAUUGUGAAUGUCCUGGUGUA